AUGGCUCACCCGUUCAACUUGCUACUUCGAUGCCUCGUACAGGUUUGCUUGUUGGUUGCGCCGGCAGCGGCCACGAACGACGCUCAUCACAGUCCCCUGGUGACUGUGAGGAAUGGGACGUAUGCUGGAGUGCACAGCCCUGGCUACCGCCAGGACUUUUUCCUGGGAAUACCCUACGCGCAGGUUCCUGGUCGAUUCACCGUUGCCAAGGGCCUUCGUGCUUCAUGGAAUGGCAUUCGCAAUGCCGGCAAAUACCCGCCGCACUGCGUGGGCUAUGGAUCUGAUCAUGUUGGAUACGAGACCUCGGAAGACUGUCUUUUUCUCAACGUCAUCCGCCCGGCAGGAGUAUCCGCCGCAGCGAACCUGCCGGUCGCCGUUUGGAUACACGGUGGUGGCCUCUUGGUCGGUGGAUCGGCAGACAAGAGGUACAAUCUAUCCUUCAUCGUCGAGCGCAGUGUCGAUAUGGGCACCCCCAUCAUCGGCGUCAGCCUGAAUUACAGGCUUUCCGCCUACGGAUUCCUACCUGGAAGGGAGGCUCUGAACGCGGGCGCAACCAACAUUGGCUUCCGGGAUCAGCGUUUGGCCCUGCGGUGGCUUCAAGAGAACAUCGACGCCUUUGGCGGCUCGCCGGAGAAGGUGACCAUUUUUGGCGAAAGUGCCGGUGCCGAGAGCGUCUCUGCCCAAGUGUUGGCCUACAACGGGCGAGAUGAUCAGCUCUUCCGUGGAGCCAUCGGCCAGUCCGGUUUUGGGUCUGUCAUUCGGAGAAGCCCGUACAACGGAGGGUUCAACGAGACGGAACGGCUGCAAGCCUCGUACGACAACCUUGUCAGCAAUACAUCCUGCGCGAGGUUCAUCGGCACGGCCGAGUCCUUGGACUGUAUUCGAAAGGCGCCCAUCGAUGAGCUCCAUCGGGCACUCAACGGCUCCGACUCUGGUCCGUGGCCCCCCACGCUGGACGGCGAUUUCUUCCGGGACUAUACCACACACCAGCUACGCAAGGGCAAUUUCCGCAAGGUCCCGGUCAUGAUUGGCAUAAAUACGGACGAGGGGGGCAACUUUAGCCUCGACAAUGGAAAGGUCGACACCGACGAGGAUGUGCGAAAGCUUCUUUGUCGGCUCCUUCUAUCGAAGCAGACGGAGGACGAUGUCGAUGCACUUGUGAAGGAGCUCAUGCACUUGUACCCGAACGUGCAGUCUGUCGGCAUUCCUUCGCUCAUCCGGUGGCCUCACGUCAUCCAGCCGAAUGAUACCAUGGCCCAGAUGCUGGGCGCGCAGUACCGGCGCAUGGCUGCCAUAUACGGGGACAUGAUGUUCCACUACGCGAGGCGGAGGGCGAACUUGGCCUGGUCCGACCAUGGAGUGCCGAGCUAUUCAUACCGCUUCGACGUCCUUGUCAACGGUCAAGUGCCGUAUUUCGGCUCCUCUCAUUUCCAAGAAGUGGCCUUUGUCUUUCGCAACUGGAACGCCGAUGGGUACGACGUCAAUCCUUUUGGCGGGGACGACACGGAGUACACGGCCAAGGCCAAGGCUCUCUCGACGACGAUGGCCACGGCGUGGAUCAACUUUGUGAAUCAUCUGGAUCCGAACGGCAAGGAUGGUCUUGGGCUGGCCAACAAUGACGUCUGGCCCAAGUACGACCGACUGACCGGUAGUGGCGUGGGGAACAAUAUUGUGUGGGAUGUGAACGGCAAUUACGUCGAGUUGGACGACUGGCGAUUAGAAGGAAUGAACUGGAUGAUUACGAAUGGGCUGUCGGUCUUUGGAAGCUAA